AUGAGAGGACUCAAUGUGCUCCUUCUUGCUUAUCACGACUCACAUCGACAGCUGUGAGGACAAUGCUCAACACCUUUUGAAAUAUAUGUAUAUAUUUUUUUUAAAUCUUUAUUUAUGUAUAUAUAUAUUUGUAUUCUUCCAUUCCGAAGCAACACAUUGGUGUGAUUUAAUGGCAGCGACGGCAUUCCAUGUGAGUGGACUAUGACGCGCCUCUCGAGCUCCUGUCAGCACAUCAGGACUCAGCUGCGCGUUCAUGCUCACUUCUUCUCCUUUGCAUCUUCGACGCCCGCGGCUGGACACAUCACUUACCGCUGCACUUGAGAAGGUCUCCUUGUGGUUGCAGUGGUGGUCCUGGUCGUGUCGGUGCCCAAGCAACCAUGUGGAGCACCAGCAGUGCGCCUCUGCUCCUCUCCUGCCUGGCGCUCACGGCUCUGUGGAGAAGCAGAUUGGUAGACGCCGAUGCCACAUCUGAUGCCUUCAAAACCAACAUCACCCUGUUUACGCGCAUCCUCGACAGCCUGCUGGAUGGCUAUGACAACCGUUUACGCCCCGGUCUUGGAGACAGGGUAACUGAGGUGAAGACAAACAUCUACGUCACCAGCUUUGGACCUGUUUCAGACACAGACAUGGAGUACACCAUAGAUGUUUUCUUCAGGCAAAGCUGGAAGGAUGAGAGAUUAAAAUUUCAUGGACCAAUGAAUAUUUUGCCUCUUAACAACCUGAUGGCGAGUAAAAUCUGGACCCCGGACACCUUCUUCCAUAACGGGAAAAAGUCUGUGGCUCAUAACAUGACCAUGCCUAAUAAAUUGCUGCGGAUCACAGAUGACGGGACAUUACUGUACACCAUGAGGUUAACCGUCCACGCAGAGUGCCCAAUGCAUCUGGAGGAUUUUCCCAUGGACUUUCACUCCUGUCCACUGAAAUUUGGCAGCUAUGCCUACACCAUCUCAGAAGUGACUUACGUUUGGACGCGGAAUGCCUCCGAUUCUGUGGUAGUGGAAGGAGAAAGCUCUCGCUUGAACCAGUAUGACUUAGUUGGACAAACUGUUGGACAGGAGACCAUUAAGUCAAGCACAGGUGAAUACACCGUGAUGACAGCUCAUUUCCAUCUGAAGAGGAAGAUUGGCUAUUUUGUCAUCCAGACGUAUCUGCCUUGCAUCAUGACUGUCAUUCUCUCUCAAGUGUCUUUCUGGCUCAAUAGAGAAUCCGUACCAGCAAGGACUGUGUUUGGUGUAACCACCGUGCUCACCAUGACAACACUGAGUAUCAGCGCUCGCAACUCCCUUCCUAAAGUCGCAUACGCCACCGCCAUGGACUGGUUCAUCGCCGUCUGCUACGCUUUCGUCUUCUCCGCCCUGAUUGAGUUUGCCACAGUCAAUUAUUUCACCAAGCGCGGUUGGGCCUGGGAUGGAAAAAGUGUGGUGACUGACAAGAAAAAAGAGCGCGCGUCCGUCAUGAAGAAGAACAAUGCCUAUGCUGUAGCGGUGGCCAAUUACGCACCUAAUAUCACCAAGGACUCCAGCACGCUCCCGACCAUCGCCAAGGGAGGCGCUUUGGAAGCCCACAAGGCCAAAGCAGACGGCAAAGUCCCGGACAGCAAGAAGACGUUCAAUAGUGUUAGCAAAAUUGACAGGAUGUCAAGGAUUUUGUUUCCCGUCCUGUUUGGAUCCUUCAACCUGGUUUACUGGGCCACCUACCUAAACAGAGAACCUGUCAUUAAAGAUAUGGUGCCCUCCACUUAAGAGGCCUGCUUUUUGGAGUUCUGGUCUGAGGACUGAGAACCAAAUACCUCCAGCAACUGUGUGUACAUACUUUUGCAGAGUGACGUCCUGGAUUGCAGCGUGAUCCUCUAUUCUAUUUUCUACACCGUCCGCAGCACUUUUGACAACUCUGGCUUUUGUAAAUGUGUAUGUCUAUUUAUAUUCAAUGUUUCAUGGUGUGACCACGUCCAUUAGAGUGUGUUCAAGUAUGUGACCACUGUACAUACUCAGUAGACCCUUUCAUUUAAUUUCAAUCACGUAUUAAUAUUUUGCUGUAAUGCCCAUUUUCGAUGUUUCACAAUAUUCUUUGGAGUGAAAGGGUUUUAUUCUGUUUUUCCGUCUCAAAGUGGCCUCACUAUUUCCUGUCCAAGCAAAUGCAAAAACCCAGUUGUAUAACAUUGUUCAAAAACAAACCUUUUAUUGCCUAUGUCUAAGGCAGUGGGGCUCCCAAUCACCAUGUAAAACAUAUUCAGAAAUAUUAUACUUUGCAAUAUGAAUGAGGAUAUGAUACGAUAGUACACUUCAGUACAGCGGUACCUCGUUUUUUUGUUUGCAAUCCGUUCCCAAAGGUCAGACGAAGGCUGAAUUGUACGAAAACUGAAGCAAUUUUUCUUAUAAGAAAUAAUGUAAAUCCUAUUUCAGACACAAAACAAAUUUUAUAGAGAAAAAUGCACAGAAUAUUAUUUGUUUGGACACUCUGUUGUGCAUAAUGAUAUCAAUCAAUCACUCAAUCAAUCAAUGUUUAUUUAUAUAGCCCUAAAUCACAAGUGUCUCAAAGGGCUGCACAAGCCACAACGACAUCCUCGGUACAGAGCCCACAUAAGGGCAAGGAAAAACUCACCCCAGUGGGAUGUCGAUGUGAAUGACUAUGAGAAACCUUGGAGAGGACCGCAUAUGUGGGUAACCCCCCCUCUAGGGGAGACCGAAUGCAAUGGAUGUCGAGUGGGUCUGACAUAAUAUUGUGAUAGUCCAGUCCUUAGUGGAUCCAACAUAAUAGUAAGAGUCCAGUCCAUAGUGGGGCCAGCAGGACACCAUCCCGAGCGGAGACGAGUCAGCAGCAAACAGACCAGUUUGGUCGUUUGAUAACUAAAACGGAAUACGAAAACCAAGGCGAAAUUUCGGGAGUAAUGUGACAGUAUACAAAUGUCAUAUCACGGUUAUUCUGACCAAAAUUAUCAUAGUUAACAUUAUCAUAAUGGUACUGUUGAAUAAGCUCAAAAAGUACUUACACACACACUGAAAUCUUUUAACCAAGUUUUAUUUCAUGUGCCAUCGUAUUGUUAUUACAGUGUUUAAAUAUGUUUAUAUUCUUCUGUAUUAUUUUGUAAAAGUUUAAGAGUGUCUUUCAGUGAUAAAGGCAAAAUGGUGCGCUUCACUUCCGGUUAAUGUUACGUCUUUCUGUUGUAGACACGUCUAUUUAUGGAACUUCAUAUUUACUUACCUGAAAGUUCAAUGUGCACAAUGGAAUAGCGUUGAUGUGUUAAUACACGUUUAGAUUGGGAUAUGAUGUUUGUAAUGGUUAAAGACGGUAAUCUGUCUUGCAUUCAUGUUAGCAGUUAAACUAGCUAGCGAUUAGCCCGCUAGCUGCUUCUCCUUGAGGUUUUUUUUUUAAACUGCGGUAAAAUUUACGAUAAUUUUUAUUUUAAACGGUGAUACUAACCCUAAGGAAUUUUAUUGAGGUUUAUCAUUAAUACAGUAAUCGUUGCAUCGGGUGAAUCAAAGCACAAACAAAAACCAAGGUACCCGCUGUACUUUGACUUUACAAGCAUAAUGAUGAGUUUCCACAUACAACCACUAGGGAGCAGAAAAGUACAUGACAAGCAGCUGAUUUAAAAAACAAAAGUUAAUCAGAUUUUUUUAAUCUAUUUUUUACGCUGUGUCUUUCCAAGGGUUUUUGUUUCAUGGCACAAACACCAUCGAGAGCUGUGCAACUAAACCAAAAUAGCAGAUUUGUAAUAUUAUUGUUCAGGUAUGUUCAAACAUUUUCUCGUUCUGUAUGAUGAACUUUGAUAUUCUGAUUUAUUCCUUCAGUUUAAACUCAAAAACAACCACACACACAAAAAAAAAUAUUUCCUUUAUAUCUGUAGCCACACAUCAGAAAUAGUGAGUUUUAGUCACUUUUAUUUUACAUUUUAUUAAUCAGACAUUGCAUGACGCACAAAUCUUGCUUGCUUUCUUUUCUUAUCUUGCCGGGUGUUUUUUUUACUUAAAUUCUUAUACAUUCCAGCUAAGAAUGAUUGUUCACAAGUGGAUGCUUGAUUCAGUGCACAGUUUCUAAUAAAACACAUC